AUGAACGGAAACAUGAACCCAGGAAACAUGAACCCAGGAAACAUGAACCCAGGAUACAUGAACCCAGGAAACAUGAACCCAGGAAACAUGAACCCAGGAAACUUGAACCCAGGCAACGGACUUGGUGUAAACAAUUACCCAAUGGGGGCAGGAGGUCUUGGAGGAGGAUCCUCAACCACCGUGAUCCCUGGUGCUGGCAUCAACGGUGCUGGUAUCAACGCUGCUGGACAAGCUAUAGGAACUACAAUCGGUGGCGCAUCUGUAGUCGGAGGUGGAGACAGUAGUGACAGCAGUGAGGAGAGUCAACUUGAGAUCCCAGAAGUACCAGAGAGCAGCGACCCUGGUGGGGCUGCACAAGAAGCUGGGGAUAGUCCAGACACCGCUGAUGGUGCCGCUGUCAAUGCUGGUAUUGGUGCUAAUGGUGUUAAUGUUGGUGGUGGUGGUGGUGGUGGUGCUGGUAAUGUUGGAGCACGCGGUGACCAAGAAUUCAAUGAAAUCGGUGAUUCACCAGAUGGUGCUGAAAACAUAGUAGAUGCAGAUAUGGGAGAACAGGUUGGCAAAGGCAAUUCUGCUGGCGUCACGGCUGGUAUUCUAGUUGGUGUUGUUGCCGUAGUAGCAGCCGCUGCGGGCGUAGGCCUGUACGUUGUAAAACAACGAAGAAAUAUCUUUUCAUCUAGCAAUGUAUAA